AUGGUUGCGUCCGCCGGUCGAUUCUUCACGGCCGCCUGUGCCCUAGCUGGCUCCGCAUUCGCCCUGAAGGCUCUUGAGGUCGAUGGCAAGGACUUUGUCAACUCUGAUACCAAGGAGCGUUUCCAAAUCAUCGGUGUUGAUUACCAGCCCGGAGGCACCAACGCUGUCAACACGAAGAGCGAUCCGUUGACCGACAGCGAUGCCUGUAUGCGUGACGCGGCUUUGAUGCAGCGUCUGGGUAUCAACACCAUUCGUAUCUAUAACAUCCAGCCGACCCUGAACCACGACAAGUGUGUUUCUAUCUUCAGUGAGGCCGGAAUUUAUAUGAUUUUGGAUGUCAACUCCCCUCUGCCCAACGGCUCCCUGAACCGUGCUGAGCCCUGGACCACCUAUGACGCCGCCUACUUCGAGCAGGUCUUCGGUGUCAUCGAGGCCUUUAAGAACUUCGAAAACGUGUUGGGCUUCUUCGCCGGUAACGAGGUCAUCAAUGAGGACGCUACUUGGCUCGCCCCCGCCUAUGUUCGCGCCGUGGUCCGUGACAUGAAGAACUACAUCGCCAAGAAUGCUCCCCGCGCCAUCCCCGUUGGUUACUCCGCCGCUGAUGUUCGUAACAUCCUUACCGACACCGCUCACUACUUCGAAUGUGAGAUGAGCAACUCUACCAACUCCCGCAUUGACUUCUUCGGCCUGAACUCCUACUCCUGGUGUGGUGAUGCUUCCUACAAGUCUAGCGGCUAUGACGUUCUAACUGAGGAUUUCACCAACGCGACCGUGCCCGUUUUCUUCUCCGAGUACGGCUGUAACGAGGUGACUCCCCGUGUUUUCACCGAGGUCCAGGCUCUGUACGGCGAGGAGAUGACCCAGGCUUUCUCCGGUGGUCUCGUCUACGAGUGGACUCAGGAAACCAACAACUACGGACUGGUGAUGAUUAACAGCACCGACGUCGUCACCACCCUCGUCGACUACGACAACCUGCAGGCCCAGUUCAACAAGAUUGAUAUGUCCCGCAUUGAGAAGAGCAACAGCUCCCAGACAUCUGUCAAGGCGGAGACCUGCAGCCCCUCCAUCAUCACCUCCGGCAAAUUCCUGGACUCCUGGGAUCUGCCUGCCACCCCCUCCAACGUCUCGGACUACAUCCAGAGCGGUCUGCCCAACGCUCCCACUGGUACUGCUGUCACUGUGAGUGGCGGGGCCAUCUCCCAGACCGUUUACGACUACACCGGGAAGAAGAUUACUGGUGUCGAGUUCAAGGUUCUCUCCGGUGAUCAGGUGAACUCUCCCUCUGGCAGCAGCAGCAGCAGCAGCAGCAGCGGCACGACAUCGUCUUCUUCCUCUACCGGGACCUCCACCUCCACCAAUGCCGCCUCGCUAACCGGUCCCUCCGUCGCCAUGGGGGGCCUUGGUGGUCUCUUCAUGCUGAUUGCGUCUCUCCUAUAA